CUUUCCACAUGUGUACCAAAUUUUCACAACCUGAUUUCUUUGACAGAAUAAUUAUUCAUAAAAUCCCGAAGUAUUUUGCGUUUCCUACAAUCCUGAGAUCAACCAAAAAUCUUAUCAAAUCUACCCAUCCUUCACAAAGAUAUUUUGCUUGUCCCUUUUGGCCAUCCAUAUUGGUUCACCUCCUCGGUUAAUAACAUGGGUUAGCAGUGUAUGUAUGAAAAAAAAAAUCCACCGGGUUAGACACAACGCCUGUGCUCUUUUGGCCCUUUAGGCCUUCCAGAACCCGGGCUACAGCUCCGUACUCCCUCCUUCCUCGUCUGUCUGUCGCAUUUCAGCCGGAGGAGCCUCGGGGUCGAAGGUUCUGCCCUGCUCGCCUCGACCUCCACCUCCAGCUCCACCUCAGCACGGCUCCCGGAUCUGCGAUUAUUAGCCGAUUACGGCUGCGGCGGACACUUUGGCGGACGGAGCGUCGCGCGUUUCGAGCUCACGUUUUAGGGAGAAAAGGUGGAGAUUUUGGGCGGCGGGCGUUGAGUGAUGCCCGCUGCGUGGCACGUUAACCCUGUUGCCCCCCGCUGACUCGCCCAUGACCCCAGGAAGCGGCGUAAUGGCGCGCCGAGGCUCCUCCCACUCGAAGGUGACCAUCACGGUCGACGAGUACAGCUCGAACCCCACGCAGGCCUUCACACACUACAACAUCAACCAGAGCCGCUUCCAGCCUCCUCACGUGCACAUGGUGGAACCCAUUCCGUACGACGCCCCGAAACCAGCAGGUCACACGCGUUUCGUUUGCGUCUCCGACACACACUCGAGGACGGAUGGCAUCCAGAUGCCGUAUGGCGACGUGCUGCUCCACACCGGUGACUUCACUGAACUCGGCCUCCCGUCUGAGGUGAAGAAAUGUAACGACUGGUUAGGAAGUCUGCCCUACGAGUACAAAGUGGUCAUCGCCGGGAACCACGAGCUGACGUUCGACAAGGACUUCAUGGCCGACCUGGUCAAGCAGGACUACUACCGCUUCCCCUCAGUGUCCAAGCUGCGGCCCGAGGACUUUGAUAACGUUCAGUCUCUGCUCACGAACUGCAUCUACCUGCAGGACUCCGAGGUCACGAUCAAAGGCUUCAGGAUAUACGGGACCCCAUGGACGCCCUGGUUUAAUGGAUGGGGUUUUAACUUGCCUCGUGGUCAGUCUUUGUUGGACAAGUGGAACCAGAUCCCUGAGGACAUCGACAUCCUCAUGACUCACGGGCCUCCUUUGGGGUUCAGAGACUGGGUUCCAAAGGAGCUCCAGAGGGUGGGCUGUGUGGAGUUACUCAACACGGUACAGAGACGGGUCCGACCCAAACUUCACGUGUACGGCGGGAUCCAUGAAGGUUAUGGCCUUAUGACAGACGGAUAUACGACGUUCAUCAACUCGUCUACGUGUACAGUCAGUUUCCAGCCCACCAACCCACCCAUCGUAUUCGACCUUCCCAACCCAGGAAGCUCGUGAAAUUAAUCCUGCUCCCCCCUUUGUUUUUUUUUUUUUCUCUUUUUUUUUCUACUCUCCAACUCUUCUUAUCUUUAAAGUAAUGGUCUUUUGUACUGCUUGUAUUUAAAAAAAACAAAACAAAAAAAACAAAAAAAAAAACGAAUGCAUGAAUAUGUAAUAUUUUUUAAAAAUUCAGAUCAUACCAUUUAAAUAAUGAUUUGCUGGAAAACAAAAAAAAAAAGAAGAAAAAUUCCAAAUUCAUAUUUAUGGUUCAUUUGUAUCGGUUGCCUUGUUCAGUUUGUUUUAGUCUGUAUCUAAAGUGCAUUAUAAGGUACCAUAAGAGGCUCAGCAAUACAUCUUUUCACAAACUUUUUGUUUGUUUGUUUGUUUCUCCUGCAUAAGACAUUGAUUUAAGGAUUGAAGUUGCUUGACUAUUUCCCAGGAUGCUUUGCGGUUCUAUUUAUCGCUUCAAUCAAAACAUCAAUCCGGCUCAAGACAUUUUAUUUCGACUGGAAAAUUCAUGGGAGGGGAAAAUAAAUGGCUGAAGUUUCACGAGGUACUUUGCUGAAAAAUCUAUAACAUCUCCGUUUAAAGUUGUAUUUAUUAUUUUUUAUUCCUGCAGUGCUCCAAAACUAUUUUGCGACAAAGCGGCCUCUGUAGGUGGCAUUUUUAAGUCGCCUGAAAUCCGGGAAGACGUUAUGGUUUGAGUAAGGAAUCAGAAAAACCUGACAGAAAUAUAAAUGUAUACAGUAAUGCGAAAAAAAAAAAAAAUCAAAGUUUGGACAAUUGCUUUGACAUUUGGAAAAUUAUAUAAUAAUAAUAUUAAUAAUGGCACCUGUUCUGGAUUGUGUUAGUUGAACCUUGAUAGCGCUUUGUUUUUUUUUUUUUUGUUUUUUUUUGCCUUCUUUACCUUCAGAGGCUCUUGUUCUACAAUGGCGAUAAAUUGUACAAAUCCUUUUUUUUAACCAAGCCAAACUUAAAUGUCGCUUCAGUAAGGAGCUGGAAAAAAAAAAAAGAAAUCUUUGCAGCUGCUUUGAGCCCAUGGUUAUUAUUACGGUUACGGUUUACUUUCUCAUCUCCACCUGGUGGAACGUGUUGUGUUUGUUGUACGUCGCGCAGAAAGGCUGAGAAAAGAAAAAAAAAAAACAGCUCUAUAUAUUGCCAUGAUGUCAUUGGUGCCAUUUGUAAAUGCCUUGUUUCUAUGUUUAUGAGACUUUUUUUUUUCUUAAUUCAUCGUGUCAUUUAGCUGACUUUAUAUGCAAAUAAAACACCUGCAAGAUUUUUAUCCCA